CCAAGAAAAUCAGGAAAGCUGGUUAUAGCAUUCAGUUAAACAAAAAGCAUUUAAUGUCUUUAUCACUUGUUAGUUAUUUUUAAGCCUCCUUGUUGACAGUCAGGACAAAAAUAAAGUAAGACUGAGGCCCCUUCCACAAAGCUGAAUAAAAUCCCACAUUUUCUACUUUGAACUGGAAUAUAUGGCAGUGUGGGCCCAGAGCCCUUCCACACAGCCCUAUAUCCUAGAAUAUCAAGGCAGAAAAUCCCAUAUUAUCUGCUUUGAUAUGGAAUAUAUGGCAGUGUGGACUCAGAUAACCCAGUUCAAAGCAGAUAUUGUAAGGUUUUCUGCCUUGAUAUUCUGGGUUAUAUGGAUGUGUGGAAGGGCCCUGAGAGGGUUUAGUAAGAAAACAUGUGGGAAAAUAUUUAAUUUCUCUUAGAAAGGCAAUUUUUCUCUAAUUUGGAAAUAUUCUGUUAUUUUCUUUUUUAUAAAAAAAUUACCUUUUUAUACAUUUCUGUAAAAGCACAAUAUGUACAACAUAUACACAUACUUAUGCCUAAAUACUUUCUCUCCCCUUUUCUACACACACACAGACAUGGAGUUUGUUUCAAAAAGGUACCCAAUCCCUCUGAACAAAUUUUUACAUGAAUCAGGGGGGAAAGUGCUGAGGAUAUGCAUUCUUUUGCUAUAAAAUGCAGUUUUCCAAGCCCUGUACAAGUACCUAAGCGAUUUGAUACAUUUUGAUAGUUUUGAUCUGUACAUAAUAUUCUACUCCUUGCCAACAAUGUGCUGCCACCUACAACUCAUUUUUCAGGGUUUUUUUUGAAUUUGGUACCUUUUGGAAACAAACUCCACUUAUAGUUGGUCCUCUACAUUUGCAGGUUUCUCUAGGAAUCUCUAGGUCAGUGGUUCUCAACCUGUGGGUCCCCAGAUGUUUUGGCCUUCAACUCCCUGAAAUCCUAACAGCUGGUAAACUGGCUGGGAUUUCUGGGAGUUGUAGGCCAAAACACCUGGGGACCCACAGAUUGAGAACCACUCCUCUAGGUCCUCCAGCAUGAAAUUGGCCAUAUACAGAAAAUGUAGUUCAAUAUGCAGUAAUGUUAUGUUGUAAUUACUGUAUUUAUGAAUUUAGCACCAAAAUAUCACGAUAUAUUGAAAACAUUGACUACAAAAAUGGCUUGGAUAAUCCAGAAGCUUGGAUAAGCGAGGCUGGGAUAAGUGAGACUCUACUGUAAUUGCAUUGGAGGGUUAAACAUUCCUAAUAUGUUCUCUCAUGUUAAAAAAAGCGUUUUUAAUUCACAAUUUUUCUACUUUUGUGGUGGUCCUGAGCCCUUAGGCCUACAAAUGUAGGGGGCUGACUGUUUAUGUAUUACGUUUGUCACUUUUCCUCAUAAUAAUAAUAUAAUAAUAAAACUUUAUUUAUAACCUGCUUUUUUCCCCCGAAGGAACUGGGAGCGAUUUCCAAGAAAUAACACAAAUGGCAAGCAUUCAAUGCCGAAAAGUAAUCAAAGAAUAAUCAAAGUAAAAUAUGAAAUAGAAUAAACUCAAUAUAACUUAUGAAGCAACCAAAACCAAAAGUUAAACUAAUUACCCAUAAUGAACACAAGAAUGAAACCAAUUAAAACACCAUACAUUAAAAGCAUAGUAUAAUGUAUGACGGGGCCUCUGGUGGCACAGUGUGUUAAAGCGCUGAGCUGCUGAACUUGCGGACCAAAAGGUCCCAGGUUCAAAUCCCGGGAGCGGAAUGAGCGCCCGCUGUUAGCCCCAGCUCCUGCCAACCUAGCAGUUCGAAAACAUGCAAAUGUGAGUAGAUCAAUAGGUACCGCUCCGGCGGGAAGGUAACGGCGCUCCAUGCAGUCAUGCUGGCCAUAUGAUCUUGGAGAUGUUUAUGGACAACGCCGGCUCUUCGGCUUAGAAAUGGAGAUGAGCACCAACCCCCAGAGUCAGUCACGAUUGGACUUAACAUCAGGAGAAACCUUUACCUUUUACCUAUAAUGUAUGACAUCAUGCACAUGCACUGAUAGUGGUAUAUAUUACAUAUUUCAUACACAUUAUGUAUGAAGAAAAGGUAGAAAAAUCCCUAUGUUUAUGGAAACACUAAGUAUGAUUACACUCCUACGAUAGUGUGAAUAAUGAGUGGAGAGGCCUGGCCUACAGCUGUGAUGGCAAACAUAGCAGAUUUAACAGUGCUAAAAGAAAAAGCUGAGUUAUAUAAAAGUGCUGAUUUUUAAGAAACAGUAGAGGAUUGCAAGAAGAUAACAGCUAGUAAACUGGCUGGGAUUUCUGGGAGUUGUAGGCCAAAACACCCGGGGACCCACAGUUUGAGAAUCACUGGUAUAGGUGAAGGAUGGAUUAAUAACCAUGAAUAUAAGGAAAUAUAAGUUACCAUCUGACCUGCACCACUGCACCAUCAGACCUCCAUAAAUAUUACAACCAAGAACACCUGUUAUUCAAUCAGAUCAAUCACCCAUCACCCAUCUAGACCUAAAAUAUGAGAUAAUAUGUACCUUUUAAUUUGUUUGGGGCCUUCAAAGACUGUGCUUCUUCUUUUACUAGCAAGUAGGAAAAUCGAGAUAGGAAUUGUUAUUGUGUGAAUUCAAUUAAUGCACACUUUUAAAAACAUAAAUAGUAAGGAAUGGGAACAGCCUUGGGACAAUAGGCCUGGAGAGAAUUGUAAUUCUUUUGUUUGUUUCUCUGCCAAGGUGUUGAUAAAAUUCUCCUUUUAUAAAGUUACUAGCUGUGCCCGGCCACGCGUUGCUGUGGCUUAGUCUGGUGGUGUUGGUCAGUCUACAUUAGGUUGUAUUUAUGCUGUGACCUCCACCCUUCUUUAUACUCACAUUAGUAGUAGUAUUUGAAGUCUGUUACCUUCUUCAAUUUUUGUGUUGAUUGAUAAUUGCUUGAGAUCCCUGUUGUCUUUGGUUUGUUGUUAAUUGUAAAGUCUGAUUCUGCUCAGUGCGAUUUAUAUUUUUAUUGUGGUACAAUUGUCUUUUUUUUUUUUUUGCCUGUGUAGGUGUUUAUUAUUAUUGUUGUUGUAAUGGUCAUGAACGUUGGAUAAGUUAGAUGCUACUGUAUUGUUUUUUGGAGGCCCAGUGUAGCACUGACUGGCCUCUCAGCCUCAGUGCCUGGCUGUUUCUUGCCUGUGAUGGUGCUGAUUCUUAUUGUUGUUGUUGUUGUCAUUGUUAUUAUUGUAAUUGUUUUUUUGGAGGCCAAGUGUGAAUGUAGGGAUUGGGGAGGUGGAUGAGUUGUGUUGUCAGAUUUUGUAUUUGUUAUAGUCACAAUGCGGUGUUGUGAGUUUUGUGGGUGCAGAUUGUGGUUUUGUGGUGUGGUUGUGUUGUUACAACUGAGAGGCAAGGCUUUUGUGUUGUGUUGCCAAGUUUUGUAUUUCUGGGGCAUUUAGUUGUGCUGUUAUAGUCAUGAUGCAUUGUUGUGAGUUUUGUGGGUCCGGAUUGUGGUUUUGUGGUGUGGUUGUGUUGUUACAACCGGGAGGCAAGGUUUUUGCGUUGUGUUGUCAAGUUUUAUAUUUCUGGGGCGUUUAGUUGUGUGCCAAGUUUUGUAUUUCUGGGACGUUUAGUUGUGUUGUUAUAGUCACGAUGCAUUGUUGUGAGUUUUGUUGGUCCGGAUUGUGGUUUUGUGGUGUGGUUGUGUUGUUACAACCGGGAGGCAAGGCUUUUGCAUUGUGUUGUUAAGUUUUAUAUUUCUGGGGCGUUUAGUUGUGUGCCAAGUUUCCUAUUUCUGGGGCGUUUAGUUGUGUUGUUAUAGUCACAAUGCGUUGUUGUGAGUUUUAUGGGUCCGGAUUGUGGUUUUGUGGUGUGGUUUUGUUGUUACAACCUGGAGGGAAGGCUUUUGCGUUGUGUUGCCAAGUUUCGUAUUUCUGGGGCAUUUAGUUGUGUUGUUAUAGUCACGAUGCGUUGUUGCAAGUUUUGUGGGUCCUUUGUAGUUUUAUGGUGUGGUUGUGUUGUUACAACUGGGAGGCAAGGCAUUUGCAUUGUGUUGCCAAGUUUUGUAUUUCUGGGGCGUUUAGUUGUGUUGUUAUCGCAUGAUGCGUUGUUGUGAGUUUUGUGGGUCUGGAUUGUGGUUUUGUGGUGUGGUUGUGUUGUUGUAACCUGGAGGCAAGCCUUUUGCAUUGUGUUGCCAAAUUUCAUAUUUCUAGGAUGUUUAGUUUUGUUGUUAUAGUCACUGCGCAAACAACUUUAUCAUUUUAUAUAUAUAGAUCUGCACUUCAAAAGAAGCCGUUACUAGCAUCAGGGGGAACUUGCAUCACAGAGGUGAUUUGUUUUCCCUGGAACUAUAACCGAGAUUAAAAGCUCAACAUCCUCUAGAAUUUGUGUUUUUAAAAAAUGAACACUACUACUUUUGCCACUCAGUACGAAUCCAAACCACUGCCUAUUACUGAACAAGAAGAUGAACAAGAGCAGUCUGAGAUCUACCUGUGUGUACUGUGGUAUGGAGGAGAACUGGGCAUUGCUUAUUAUGAUACUGGAGAUUGCUCCAUCUACUUCAUGGCUGAGUCACCUGACAAUAAAGACCUCAAGCUUCUCCAGAAAGUGGUUGAUGAAGUACUUCCAACAUACAUAUUAAGUAGCGCUAAGCAAGAUCAAAGUAUAGCCAGUUUUUUUACCAAUAUAAAAACUGUUACGGAAGAAAAGCAAGGGGAAAGAAAGCCAGAAGUUGUCUUCUAUCCAAAUAUGGAUUUUGGCUUAGAAGUAAGCAAGCAAAGAAUCCUGUCUAGGCAGUUCCCUUUUGUCCCCUCUCACAUGACAGCAACUGAGAAAAUCCUCUAUUUAUCCUCUGUUAUUCCUUUUGAGAGCCCACUUGUGGUAAGAGCAUUGGGAGGACUGCUGAAGUUCCUUGACAGGAAACGGCCUGGAGUGGAACUGGAAGACAGUCAUAUUGCUGUCCCCAUACUGGCCUUUAAAAAGUUUGUUUUGACAGAUAUUGUAAAUGUGGAUCAAGACACUUACUGUGUGUUGCAGAUAUUUAAAAGUGAAAUACAUCCUUCUGUGUACAAACAAGUCAGUGGGAAAAAAGAAGGGCUCAGUUUAUAUGGAAUUCUGAACCACUGUAGGUGCAAGUGGGGAGAAAAGCUAAUGAGACUAUGGUUCAUGAGGCCCACACGUAACCUGACGGAGCUGAACAAACGCCUGGAUGUUAUCCAGUUCUUCUUGUUAGCUCGGAACCAUGAAAUAGUUUUGACCCUACAGGAAUGUCUCAAAAAUAUUAAAAACGUACCUCUUAUUCUUAGGAGGAUGGCUCUUUCUAACACAAAGGUCAGUGACUGGCAGGCACUAUAUAAAACAGUGUACAGUGCUGUGUGUCUCAGAAAUACAUGCCGCUCUCUGCCCAGCACCAUUGACCUCUUCCAGACUAUUUCACAGGUCUUCACUGAUGACUUACAUUACAUUGCAAGUCUAAUCAGCAAAGUGGUAGAUUUUGAAAGCAGCAUUGCAGAAAAUCAUUUCACUGUCAGGCCAAAUGUUGAUGCUAUUAUUGAUGAAAAGAAACGGAAGUUGAUGGGGCUUUCAGACUUCCUUACAGAUGUGGCCCGGAAAGAACUAGAGGACUUGGAUAACAGGAUUCCAUCCUGCAGUGUUAUUUAUAUUCCCUUAAUAGGAUUUUUACUCUCUAUCCCAUGCCUGCCCACCAUGGUGGAUAAGAAAGACUUUGAGAUUGACGGUCUGGAUUUCAUGUUCUUGUCAGAAGAAAAGCUACACUACCGCAGUGCCAGGACAAAAGAACUGGAUGGGUUGCUUGGCGACCUUCACUGUGAAAUUAGAGAUCAGGAAACACUGAUCAUGUACCAGCUCCAAACUAAGAUUCUGGAAAAGUCUGCAGUUCUAAAUGAUGUGAUUGAAUACACAGCACACCUGGAUGUGCUUUUGUCACUGGCAGUAAUGGCUCGGGAGAAUGGAUAUGUCCGACCCCACUUCUCUCAUUCUCACAUGAUCCGUAUUAAAGAUGGAAGACAUCCCCUGAUGGAGCUAUGUGCAAAGACAUUUGUGCCCAACUCAGUGGAGAGCUGUGAAACCAGUGGGCGAAUCAAGAUCCUCACUGGGCCCAAUUCAUCGGGAAAGAGCAUAUAUCUAAAGCAGGUGGGACUUAUUACAUUUAUGGCUCUGAUUGGCAGUUAUGUCCCUGCUGCUGAGGCUGAAAUAGGUGCAGUGGAUGGAAUCUAUACAAGGAUCCACAGCCGGGAAUCAGUAUCUCUUGGUCUGUCUACUUUCAUGAUAGAUCUGAACCAAGUAGCCAAAGCAGUGAACAAUGCUACUGAAAGGUCUUUGGUGUUAAUUGAUGAAUUUGGCAAAGGCACAAACACAGUUGAUGGUCUCUCUCUCUUGGCUGCAGUGCUGAGGUAUUGGAUUAAACAAGCAACCAACUGCCCACAUAUUUUUGUUGCUACUAAUUUCCACAGUUUAGUGCAGCUGAAACUCUUGCCUACCACUCCUCUUGUCCAAUAUCUUACAAUGGACACCCACCAAGAUGGAGAUGAGCUUGUGUUUUUUUAUCAGAUCAAAGAAGGUGUGUCCACUGUCAGCCAUGCAGCCAAUAUUGCAGCUUUGGCUGGUAUGCCACCUAAAGUGAUUGCUCGAGGAAUAGAAGUGUCAGAACUGCUCCGCAAUGGAAAGCCCAUCCAGCGCCCUGACCAUUCCUCAAAAGAGAAGCAGUUACAAAACUGCAAGGCUCUAGUAGAUAAAUUUCUCUCCUUAGAUCUUGAUGACCCUCAUCUGGAUUUAAAGGAGUUUAUGAAUAAAGAGGUGCUACCAUCCUCAGCCUCUAUACUUUAACAGUAUGGUGUGUCCUGUUGCAGUGUAAUAGGAAAGAGUUUGGACCUAGCUGGUUAUGGCAUUUGUCUUUAUUCAUGUGAAUCCUCCUUUAAAUAUUAACAAUAUUUAAACUUGUGAUCCAACAAAGUAAAGGGAAUCUGCAAGCCCUGAUUUACUGUACUGCCCAAUCUGCAUUAUCCAGAAGGCAAUAAAAUAAGGUAAUUAGCACCUUACUGAAGCAUCAUAUAUGACAAGAGACAGAUUUAUACAGGCCUAAUAUAAUUAUAGCACCAAGGCACUACUAAAAGUGACUUUUGAGGGACAUUUGCAGUUUCAAAUCCAAAAUUUUUAAUACGUGAGUACCAUGUUUAUUGUUUUUUAUACUACACAUCUGCUUGCAAAGUGAUAUUUUAUCACAUAGUUGGAGUAUAUUCUGGGGACAACUCUUCUUUCAUUACUUUCAUCUUUCUUGUAGAUAUUUCGAAGAUGUAACAUUAAAAGUAUGCCUAAACUGAAUAUAUUUUAUGUAGGGUUUUAAAAAAGGCCAAUGCAAGUCUAGAAAACGGACAAGGGUGAAUGAAUUUUGUUGUCACAGCAGACAUUUUUAUGUAGUGUAUUUUGUGCACACAUGAUGUUAAACUAAAUUACAUACUCUAUAGCUCAUAUUGCUAUCAUUUUAAUGUUAAAAAUCCUUGACAUUUACAACAAAGUUUAUCCCAGUUACUUAGCUUUAAAGCCUUAAAAUAUUUAAAUGUUCAGGUGUUUUGUUUGUUGAAAAUACUUCCUAAUUCCUGAAGGGAUCCAUACAUCCGAAAUUAUGGUUUAGGCCAAACAUGGCAAGCAGUUUUAAGAACAUGUCUGGAAAGAGUUUUUGGGUCACACAAUCCCGUCCACAUUUUUUUACAUCUUAGAAAUUAGUAACUUCCUGAUUCUCAGCAACAUUUAAUUUCCCAAUACAAUCAAAACAAAGUUGGGCUUACAUAAAUCUUACAAAGCAAUAUCAAGUCUGCAAACUAAGAGAUUCCUUUCAGCAAUACUCAAUACGUUUUGUGUUUCAUUGUAUUUGUUGUUAAUGUUUCCUGUCAUGGUCAAUGUCACACACAAUUUAGACUGAGCCUUGGAAUACAAAUAAAAUUAUAUGUAACUAUUACAGUGACAGUGUGGUUUCAUACAUUUACUACUGUACUCUUGGUAGAAGUGAAACAGCAGGUAU